CAAACGCACAUCAGGAUGGCCUCCGCAUCACUGGCACGCAGGAAGAGCCUCUCCACGCCACAGGCUUUGGCCCUGCUUCAGGAAAUGGACGCAGCAGACUCUGACGGAGGCGAGCUUUCGUUUGCCCGGCAGCUUGCUGAUGCCUCAUCGGAAGAGUCCGAAAUGGAGAUGGAAGAAAAACCCGACAUGCCUCCACGGAAGAUGCGCCGUGGUACCAGGAAGCCCUGUCCGAGUCAGACGGCAAAAGACGGCACUGUGUGGGUAGAGGAGGACAUUGGAAGUCGAACACCCAGUGCAUCAGCUAGACCCACAGAGUCUGCUAAGCGUAAAAUUACAAGCGUGCUCCAAAGCUUCCUCUGCCUGCUAGACGUGGGAAUGCUGCAGACCAUCACAGAGUGUACAGUCCAUCAAGCCCGCAGAACAGAGCCAGACUGGAAGCUGGCAAUUAAUGAACUGAUGGCAUUCAUUUCUAUUCUGUUUGUGAGGGCGAUCAUGUCUCCCAUUGGUGCCAUUACAGAUUGCUGGUCGGAAAACUUUCUGGUGCCAGUAAUCAAAGAGACAAUGUCCCGAGGUAGAUUCCUGACAAUUAUGCAACACCUUCGAUUUGAUGACAAGGACACGCGGGCAAAACGGGUGAAAACAGACAGAUUUUCUGCCAUCUCUGACAUCUGGACACGCUUCACUAAGAACUGUGCAGAGAGUUUCACGCCAGGAGAACAUGUGUUCAUACACGAACAGCUGUUCCCAACCAAGGUUCGUUGUCCAUUCACACAGUAUAUCGCGUCCCACCCGGACAAAUUUGGGAUCAAGUUCUGGAUGGCGACGGAUUUGGAGACCAAAUACAUCUGCAACGUGUCCCCUUACUUGGGAAAAGACCCCAGUCGUCAGAAGGGGGACAGGCUGGCAGAGAGCGUGGUCAUGAGUCUGAUGGAGCCAUUUCUGGACGACGGGAGAAAUGUCACAACGGACAGUUUCUUUACCUCACUGUCACUGUCAGACAGACUGCUUCAGCGCAACACGACUCUACUGGGCACAGUGAAUAAAGUUCGCCGUGAAUUUCCUCCAUCGUCGCGCAUGUAUUCAGUACGAGCAGCAACACGCAGGUGGCCAGUAGCUGUAUUUUAUAACAUGCUUGACCUGGCGGCGGCGAAUGCCUACGUUCUGUACAAGGCGUGUACAGGGUGGAAAGGCAAAAGAAGAUUGUUCCUGAGUCUUCUAGCCAAGGAACUGCGUUGCCGUUUCAUGCAGCAAAAGGCAAUGGAGACAGCAGGGUUUGCUGUUGCUGUGACAGGACUCGUACAGACAACUCAGUGCCAGGUACAAGAGAGCUGCAACAGAAACCGCAGCAGGUUUGCCUGUGUAAAGUGUCACAAAUUCACCUGCGGCAAAUGCAGGGACGAUAGUCACUGGGUCUGCAAACGCUGUGUGGGAGAGUAACCACUGAGACAAGAGGCAGAAAGAUGAUGAAGAGAUGAACCUGGAACUGAGGGACUGAAAAAACUUGCUAUUUUUACAUGAACAGCCAGAGGAGAGAACAUGCACAGCUGGAGAGAUCACAGAAAAACAAAAUUCACUUUUGGUUUUAUAAUUCAGUGAUGGCCAAUCAAAAUGAAAUGUCAUUAUUUCAUUCUGUACGUGUAUGAGGAUGUUAUCAACCAUGGACCAUGACUUUGUUAUGGAGCAUUCAGCUUUGUGUACAAACAUGCAUUGGAGACUGAAGUGUUACCAUGUUUUCAUUCUAUUCAUUUAAUUAUAUUAGCAA